GUCUUUGUGGUGCACCACGUCGUGGCUGCACUGCCGUACCUGAUCUACACGAUGCACUCUGGCUGCGACAUGGACCUGUACCUGCUGCAGCUCUUCCUCAUGGUCGAGUUCGCCGUCAUCCCGCUCAACAUCACCACCUUCAUGGAGCAGUUGGGCUACGGCAAGAGCAAGGCGCACGAGUUCUUCUUCUACCUGACCUACGUGUGCUGGUUCGUGGCCCGCGUGCUGCUGCCCAUCUACAACGUCUACGUGCUCUGGACGAGGAUCAUCCCGGACGCCGGCGCCGCACCGUUCUGCAUGGUGCCAGCAGCCUUCUGUGGCCACAUCAUCGCCGCCUUCUGUGUUGGCGUGUUUGUGUUUGUCUGGACGCCCGACGUGAUGGCCAAGUGGCGCGUGCCGGUGCUGCAGAUGGAGGAGUACCCGGAUUAUAAGCUUACCAUGCGUCAGUCCAUGACCCCGCGCUCGAACCCGAUCUUGUCGCCGUCCGACGGCAGCGACAGGUGGGGCGCCAGCUACGGCAGCGUGUCGCGAGAACCCCAGUGGACCUCCAAAUCCGUUGUGUAA